GCUCCCGGCCCACGCCAUGGCCGGCCUCGAGCCGCGGGUCGAGUACCUCGAGAGCUUCCGCUGCCCGCUCGGGGGCCUGGCGGCGGGCCCGCCGCGCGUGCUGUGCCACGGGGCCGCGCUCUUCGUGUCCGCCGGGAGCGAGCGGGUCUCCGUCUACGAGCAGGAGGGGAGGCUGCUGACCGCCGUGUACAGCUUCCCCGCGCAGGUGUGGCACCUGGAGCUCUCGGCCGUCCCCAGGCUGCUCUACGUCCUGUGCGCCCAGAAGGGCAUCUACUGCUUGUCGCCGGACCCGGAGAGCAGGUUUGUGAACCAAGAUGACGGGGGUGACCAGGACAGUGAGGACGGCGAGCCUCCUUGCGCUGUGAUUUCCGUGGACCCAGAUGCCUGCCUCCUGCCAGAUGCCACUCUGUGUACUUUCACUGUGGUUGGUGAUAAGCUUGUCACCCUGGCACAGGGCCCUGCCCACUGGAAGGUACAGCUGUUUGAGUGCCCCCGUCCGGGAGAGGACGCCAGACCCAGAGGCCAGGUCGGCGAGGUGGAGUUGUCCACCUCCAGCCCCCUCACUGGGCCCCUUGGGGAGCCCACAGCCGCCCGCUUCCUCCCAGUGCUGUGCUGUGUGUCCCCAGCGGGCCUCAGCGCUCUGCACAGCCGUGCGCAGGGCUCUGGGGCCUUCUUGCUGGAACGGACCCUCUUUGGGCAACUCUUUGGAGUUGACGCCUCCCUUCUGGAAUCACCUGUGAUCCUCUGUGGUCUCCCCGAUGGCCAGCUCUGCUGUGUGGUCUUGAAGACCCUGGUCACCUCAAAGUUGUCCCCUGGCGACCCGAAGGCCCUUGUCAAGAUCCUCCAUCACCUGGAGGAACCCGUCGUUUUCAUUGGGGCCGUGAAGACAGAGUCAUUGGCCGAGGACGUGGGAGACACACACCCUGACUGCCUGGUGGCACUUGGUCAUGACGGCCGGGUCCUGGCCAUCAAGGCCGGCUGGGACGAGGCUGGGACUCUGGUGCCGGAGCUGCGGGAGUACCGGCUGCCGGGGCCCGUGCUCUGUGCGGCCUGUGGCGGAGGUGGCCGUGUCUACCACAGCACCACUUCGGAGCUCUGUGUCGUGGACCUGGCUCAGGGAGGCGUCCCCAGCGGGGACCUGGGAGACCCGCCGUCUCUGCUGUGUGCAGCCGGCUUGGGCGUCUGCAGCGUCGUCACCCUCUCGGUGUUGUCCGAGGUGCCCGAAGGUGGCGUGAGGCUGCUGGCCCUGUCCACCAGGGGCCGCCUGAUGACCUGCCGCCUGCCGCUGAGCUCGGAGGUGCCGGGCCCCACUAGAGCCGCUGCGGCCAGUACUGGCCAGAAGAUUAAGGACUUGCUAUCUGGGAUUGGCACCGUCUCUGAGAGGGUGUCUUCUCUGAGGAAGACUGUUGACCAGCGGAACAAGGCCCUAACGUGCCUCAACGAAGCCAUGAACGUGAGCUGCAUCCUGUUGUCCAGCCGGGAGGGCCCCAGGCCCAUCUCUUGCACCGUGACGACCGCCUGGAGCCACCCACAGUUGCAGGACGUGCUGAUGGCCACCUGUCGGCUGGAGAACAGUAGUGGCCUCAGUCUGGACCGGGGCUGGGCCUUGUGUGUGCGGGUGCUGACCAGCGCCUCUGCCUCAGACUCUGAUGUGGCCAGCGUGGCCACCACCUAUACCAUCCCUGUGGACCGGCUGGGUCCUGGCGAUCGGCGGGAAGUGACGCUGCCCCUGGGCCCUGGGGAGGAUGGCAUCCUGCACCUGCCCCUGACCGUGUCUUGCACGCUCCAUUACAGUCUCAGGGAGGUCGUGGGCGGGGCGCUUGCCCCCUCUGAGUCCUCUAAGGGCCCCUCUUUGGACGAGUGCCGCCCUGAUGUCUUGCCCGAGCAGGACGGCAUCUGCCUGCCCCUGAGCCAGCACACCGUGGACAUGCUCUGGUGCCUGCGCUUCCCUGGGCUGGCCGCACCCCACACGCAGGCCCCCGGGCUGCUCGGCCCCCUGUGUGACCCUGUGGACACUUUCUUGGGAUCUCUCCUCGGGCCCCGCAGCGAGCCGACAGGACCGGCUUCCCUGCGGGCCAAGUUCCUGCCUCCGUUGGUGGCCACGAUCCACGUGUCUGCAGAGCUGCUGAGAGCGGCCUUGGGGAACUGUCUCUCAGCAGGCACGUCCCUGGGCUGCGCUGCCCUCCAGUGGCUCCUUGCGGAGAACGCCGCCCUGGACGUUGUGCGGGCCCGCCGGCUGUCCUCGGUCCAGGGAGUGGCCCCAGAUGGCGCCGAUGUGCACCUGACCGUCCGAGAGGUGGCUGUGACCGACCUGGGUGCAGCGGGGCCCGUGCAGACCGUGGAGAUCCAGGUGGAGAGCUCCUCUCUGGCCAGCAUGUGCAGCGCACACCACGCGGUCAUCGGGCGUCUGCAGAGGAUGGUUGUGGAGCAGGCCGCCCGGAUCCCUGGCCCGCCCGACCUCCGUGUACAGUGUCUCCAGCAGACCCACAGCAGCCACGAGCAGACCCUGCUGCGGGAGGUGCAGACCCUGCGGGACCGGCUGUGCACGGAGGACGAAGCCAGCCCCCACGCCACCGCCCAGAGACUCCUGCAGGUGUACGGUCAGCUGCGCAGCCCCAGCCUCCUCCUGGUGUGACCCCAGGUGGGCCCCUGCCACGAGCCCAGCACCCUCGUGGCUUUAUGGAGAGAAGUGCAGGACACGAGGGGCUGCUUCCCGGCUCCUGACCCUGGCCGUGAGGCUGGGGGAGGCAGGUGGGCUGGGCACUGCUGGGGACCCGGGGCCCACACCUGCUCUGGGGCAUGUGUGAAGCGGCGCUCGUGGCCCCCCAGCCCACCCCGGCCCCAGCCUCUGCACAGCGUUCCUUCCCCUUCGGUAGCUGCCCACGGCUCCUGCUGAACCUGGUCGUGCCUGGCAGUCCCUGGCCUGGAGCCCUGGAGCUGGAUCCACGACGUCCGUCCCCCCCAACCCAGAAGUCAGGCCCCGGGCACAGGGUCCGGGCCCCAGAGCAGCUGACGGGCCCCAGAGAAAGUUUCCAGAUUUGGGACUUAGUGGUUCUGGCCAUGGCUGUUGCCGUCCCCAGUGCCCGCUCCCCCAAGUACAGACCUCUCAUCCCUCUCGGGGCCCUUCAUUUAUGGGCCACUGCUGAGGCCACCAGCUGGGACUGCUUUUCUGUGGCUCCGACACUCACCCAGUAGGUGCUUAUGGCUGGGGCCGUGCCCAGCACUGUGCCUUGUCUCCAGGGCCCCUUGGCCUGGGCAGCCACUCAGCGUCACUCCAGUGCUGGUGUGUCCAGCAGUGGGGGGGGUGACCCCCUGUUUGGACCUAACAUGGUGCUCUCCUGUACAUGCAGGGGCUGCGAGGCCCCCCUUGCUGCAGGAGAAGUCUGCUCCCCA